AUGUAGUCCCCCCCUCCUUCGGACAGCCUCUGACCGCAGGUACUUGUGGCCAUGGCUUCUGUGAGUGGCCUGGAAGUACCGGAGCGGGGCCACCAGCGGCCGUUCCUGAUCGGGGUCAGCGGGGGCACAGCGAGCGGCAAGUCCACAGUAUGUGAGAAGAUCAUGGAGUUACUUGGACAGAAUGAGGUUGAUCAUAGACAGAGGAAAGUAGUCAUCUUGAGCCAGGACCGGUUCUAUAAAGUGCUGACUGCGGAGCAAAAAGCCAGGGCCAUAAAGGGACAGUAUAAUUUCGACCACCCAGACGCAUUUGAUAAUGAUUUGAUGUACAGAACAUUAACCAGUAUCGUAGAUGGUCAUAUCGUGGAUGUGCCUUUAUAUGAUUUUGUUACGCACUCUAGGCUGUCUGAGACCACGACGGUGUACCCUGCAGACGUACUGCUGUUUGAAGGAAUCCUUGCUUUCUACAAUCAAGAAAUUAGGGACAUGUUCCAGCUCAAACUGUUUGUGGACACAGAUUCUGAUGUUAGAUUGUCCCGUAGAGUUCUUCGUGACAUGAAAAGAGGCCGAGAUCUGGAGCAGAUCCUUACACAAUACACCACCUUCGUAAAACCUGCGUUUGAGGAGUUCUGUUUGCCGACUAAGAAGUAUGCGGAUGUGAUUAUCCCACGUGGUGUGGAUAACAUGGUGGCCAUUAACCUGAUUGUGCAGCACAUUCAAGACAUCCUAAAUGGUGACAUCUGUAAGUGGCAGCGUGGCGCUGUGAAUGGCCGUUCUCAGAAGAGGACCUUCCCAGGUCAGGGGGAAACAACGGGUAUUCUUGUACCUGGGAAACGCACGCACCGGGAGUCGAGCAGCCGGCCACACUAAGAGAACCCGACACAAAGUGUCCACAGCUCCAUUUCUUCCUCCAUUACUCAUAUUUCCAAGAGGAGAGGUUUUUGGGACGGUAACAGAGGCAACAAGCUGGCAACUAAGGAUUAGCUUUCAACCCCCUCCAGCAGACCAGGUGUCCACGAAUCACCCAAGAUGUGUAAUAUUUUUUCCCCUCCUGUUGCAAGUAUUCACUUGUCAGUGUUGCAGCUUGAGUGGGCUCUCACAACUAACUAAAGGCUUCUUUUUAAAUGUAACUAUGUGAGCAUUUUGUGCCAGAUCAAGGCAUGCUCAUUUUGGGGACACUCAGAAUAUUAGUCUUUUUAUGCACCUUAAUCGUGUGUAUACACACAGCACAUAACCUAGUGCCCCAAUUUUUCCAUAAACUAAUGAUGUACACAACAUGACAUCCUAUGGGUGGAAGCUUUAGCAUUCAGCAAGUUGUAUUCAUAUAUAUAAUUUGUAUAAACAGUCUAUAGACUUACUGAACUUACUAAGUACAUUGAUGAUGUAUCUCAACUUAGCCCUAAGCGGAAUGUCAAAAAUAAGGGGAAGUGAAUCAUCAAAAGAAAGGAAUCUUCUAUUUUUAUUCAAUGAUUGGGGUGCAGGCUGCUUAUCAAUGUGAUGUCAUAUACAUGUCCAUUAAUUCAUACCAUAUCUUGUAGAAUGGAUAGAUUUCAGGAACUUCCUGAUAAUUUUGAAAAAGCGAGAAGGUAUUUCUAGGUAAAUAUAGUCUAUAUAAUGCAUGUAAAUGGGUAGUUCUGCCCUGGGAUAGAGUAUGAAUGUAAAGGAACUGAACCUCCAAAAGGAGGUCUCCAAAAGCCAUAGAUCUCCAGAUGUUGUCUAACACUGUAGUAAAGGGACAGUAAGACUACUGCCACUUUGGCAGCCAGAGCACAGGCAUAUCAUCUACAGUAAUAUGAUAUAAUUUAUUAUUUUCUAAAGUUCUAGGAAAGCUAUUGCAUGCUGUAAUACAGAGCACGUGGCAAUGUUCUGUAUUAACAAAUCAAUUUAACUCACCAUUGGAAAAAAAAAAACAACAUUCUUAUGACAACCUGUCUUCAAAAAGAUUUCAGGUGGUUUUAUCCAGAACAGACCCCAAGUUCUAAGAAUUAUACUGACAACUGUCAGGGAAGAUUCUCAAUAGCGCUCCUUCAGUACAUUGCACAGGAUCUCAUCUGAUAUAAGCACAGCGGGCUGUAUUCACUUAAGAGCGUGUUACAGUGACUUAGGAAUGAAGUGGCAAAACACAGGCCAAAAAGAGCAAAGCUUUCCUUUAACCCCUUUUACACUUGACUCUUCUGUCUAGAAUUUUGCUAGUUUGUUCUCAAGUCACCAGGGGUUCAGGUUGGUUUACAGAUCUAUGCAUGAAAGAGUUAAUGGAUUCUGGACUGUUAUUUAGAACGACCUUGAGAAUCCCGUACUGUGUCUUAAUGGUAUACAUUUCAGUAUUGACUGUCUAACUGUUAAUGUUCUGUAUGGCAAUUUAUUAUAUAUAUAUAUAU